AUGGACCUAACAUCCCGCAUAACGAAGACCAUAUCAUGGUCAACCCAUCAGGCCAUCGCCAAUCCAUCACCACCUUUUCGUAGGCAAGCCCCUCCCACAGAUUGUUCUCAGGCAGAACAAAGCGCAUCGCGGGUUUCCCAACAAGCCUCACAAUCCAUCCAGCAAGCCAAACAAUCGGCAUCACAAGCAGUCCAACAAGCAUCCCAAUCGGCUUCGAAUUCCAUCCAGCAAGCCAAUAAUAGUGCUAGUCAAUUGAUAGCUGCUGCUUCUCGAAGCUCUUCAAGUGUAGUGAGUAGUGCGAGUUCGGCAAUGCAGAGUAUACAAGCGUCGGCUAGCUCGGCGGUGGCGAGGGCAAAUGGGGCAAUGCAGAGUGCGCAGUUUACGGCGAGCUUGUUGCAGCAAGAAGUUUCGAAGGCGGAAACCACUGCAGCUGCAGCAAAUCGACACACUGAAGAAUCACAAAAUGCCGCCAUUACCGCGACACAAGCUGCUUUAGCGAUAAUAGGAAGCAUCAUCGCUUCAACUCUACUGACCAUGCUAGUUUUCUGGUGCAUCAUAAGAUACAGGAAGAAGAAAUUGGAAGAACGGAGGACAGACAGAAAUGAGAGACAUGAUGAAUACAAUGUCGACGAAAAACCACCUGUCCCGAGAAUACAUGAAGGUGAACGAGAAGACUCACGGAGGGAUAUGUUAGGGCCACAACGUAUGAAAUCGACCGCCACGGUUUCUUCACUAAGCUCGUCUGAUUCAUAUGCCAAAGUAAUGCACGAUGGACAAGACGGAUAUGAGAAGGAACCGACGAUGAAAGAAACAUAUUUAGAGUGGAAUCCCAAAGAUCCUCCCAAAGCACCAACUCUCAGUUCUUGGUUACAGGUUGGGGUCAAAGAUGGGGUGUCACCUUUCGCCAGUGGUCCAAUCAAUUUACCGAUAUCUGGGGACAACGACGGAAAAGGACCAUUGGACGGACAGCUGAGAUCACCGCUCAGUACAAAUCGAAUGAGAAGUCCGAGGAUACCAAUUAACAUUUCUUCGCCUGCUGUCAUAUCAACAAUACCAGACAACAAACAGAGUAUAUACAUUCAAUACGACCAAGACAUAAGCAAGAAAUCAAGAAACGAGACUCAGCCAACAGCAGACACCGAAAAAGAAAGUAUAUGGACGAACGACACACGAAGCUCAACCUUGCGCUCCGAAUCCGCACUCGAACACCAAGGAUUCAAAAUGGUCUUUCCACAACCCACACAGCCCAUACGCCAAACGGCAGAAUGGUUCAUGGAACAACAACAAGAGCAACAGCAAAACGAAAUCCCAAAAACACCAACACAAAACCAACAUUAUAUCCGAGAGAGUCUACUCACAGACACGGAUUCUCCAUCGACGACAAAAAUGUCGAGGAUUAACAUGAAUGCGCAGCCCAAAACACCGAAACUUGGGGUCGGGGUUAGUAUUAAAAGUAUGAAGGGGGAGGUGCAUUAUGUGAAUUCGGUUAGGAGCGCGAAGAGUUUGAAGGGUUUGAAAAGCGCUGUUUCGGGUGCGGGUACCCAGUCUGAGGGAAAGACGGGAAAGACGGGAGGGAGUGCUGAUGAGGGGCGUAGAGGAGAGGAAGUGGAGCGUUCGAGCAUUUCGUUUCGUUUCGUUUCGUCUCGUGAGACGACGUUAGGUAUACAACAGGAUUCUACUUGCGAUCAAGCCGGAAUUGAGAUGCGGUUUGAGGUGCAGAAACCAUCAUCAAAUCGCUCAUCUGCGAAUUGCUUACCCACAAUGGGUAACUGCCUCGUCCGUCUGCAAGCCGAAAUGCUUUCACCCCCUCCAAAUUCCGGGAAUUGGGAGAAUCUCGGUCCUCGAAAAGUUCUUCUGGUUAAUUCGCAACAUGCACAUAUGAGGAGCAAGAGUGGAAAUGGGAUGGGCGGCAGUGCAGAGUGCGAAAAGGGAAUGGGGGUUCCGUUGGGAAGAAGGGAAACACCGAGUGGUAUUGAGGGAUUGACGUUUGAUUAUGCUGGGAGACCUGUUUGGCGAGAUCCGAAAUCAAAGACGAUUGAUUCUGAUGAUAGCGAUGUGACGAAUGGUAAACAUACAGAGGAGAAACGGGGGAAUUUUGGGACCUGA